AUGGCGGAAAAGUCUGAGCAGAAAUAUAUUACAUCUGAUAAAGUUUUACAAAAUAUAUUGGCUGAUGAGGUCGAUUUAUCAGAUAAUGAAGAUGCACAGGUCAUCACAGCUAAUCCGGCCGAAGCGAUUGAUUCUGCUGUGCGAGAGUUAUGGUCCCUACGCAAUCAAACGGCAAAUUUUGUUGCUUUUGAGGAGGAGUCAACUCGAUCACUCACUCCCCUCUUUGAUAAAUGGGAAAAACAUCGAGUGAUCCAAGAGAGAAUCUUAAGCUCUACUAUUAUUGUUGGUUCACUCAUUGCUGAGCAA